AUGUCGUCCUUUAACUCACAUUUACAAUUAGAAUCUAAUCAUAUGAACUCUACACCGUUCAGGAAGGACUCUACACGUAGGAAAUCACUAUCGGAAUUAUCCACACAUAUGCAGAUGCAGUCUUACUAUCAACAACAGUAUCAACAAACACCCUCAUCCCUUUCAUCUUCAUCACUCCUGUCUCCACAACAUAUGCCGCCAUCAUCACCAACCCACUUGCCACCGAUUUAUCCACAUCUUUCUGCGUCUCCCUCCUCCAUAACGCAUACUCCCUCACAGCUUCAUCAUUCACCAUCCAUUCAUACAUCAAUCCACCACACACAAGCACCUAGUCGUAGAUUAGCGCAUAUACGCAGCGAACAAAAAAGAAGAGAAAAUAUCAACAGUGGUUUUGAAGAAUUAAAGAAUAUCGUUCCGACUUGUCGUGGAUGUGCAGAUUCGAAAGCGAUCAUUUUGAAAAAAGCCGUACACUACAUUCAGGCUUUAGAAACCGAAGUUCGCAAGCUCAAAUCACCUUCAGUACACGCAGAUCAUCCUUCACUAGAAUCGCCUUCGCUUCCACCUGUACCGAUCGCAUCUGCCAGUAGUCUUCAUGAACCGCAAUCAUCGCACUUAUCGUCAUCUAGCAGAAGCAAUCCAUCGCAUUCGACAUAUGGUGUCAAUGACAUGAGAGCACGAACGGAAGUGAGGAAACAUGAUGACGCGCAUAAUAAUUGCAUGUACAACGAAGGGCCAAACAACUUGGACAAGUACUCUCAAGUACGCUCACCCUUACCGGGGGUGAGACAGUCACUACCUCCGGUUCGUAGUUUCUCCCAACCAUCAAUAAACGCAUUCAACCUUGAACAGGAAGGAAAUUAUAACUACAGAUUUGAACACUUGAAAAGAACAAGCACCGAAUGGAAAAAUGAUUGGGAUGGGUGUCAGGCGUAUGGGAAUGGUUAUGCAACAAAUGGUUACAUGUCAACAGCGUUGGUAGGUUCGAGCAGAAAUGAAUACGGACUGAAUGUAAUCGACAAUGCAAGGAGAGACAGGGUCUACGAGGAAGGGAAUGAAAGAGAUGAAAGAGUAGGAAUAGGUGUAGGAAGAGAUAUCAAGUUUGAGAUGGUAGGACAUUCGUAUAGAAUGGAUUAA